AGCCGCUUCGGCUCGAGCUCCCCUGGCUGCAGCCGUCGAGACAGGGGCUCUGCCCGCCGCCCGGGCCCCGCGGCGCCGCCUGGCGGCGCGGAGCACAUGCUCGGCCGCAGGCCCGGCCGGGACGGCGGCUCCGGCAGAGCGGAGGCCCCGUCGAGCUGCCACCAGGGGCCGGCUGGGCCGCCGCGCGGCCGCACGGCGUGGAAGCAGGUGUUCAGUGUCGUCUCGCCAGCGGCGCGAAGGUCCAGCAGGUGGUGCGGGUUCGGUGGCGCAUCCAGCCCUGGAGUCACAGGGUGAUCCACGAUCCAGACAUCUUCAGGGAGUACGAGUACACGCGACAGCGCGAGACGCUUUCUCUGUUUCGCGGGAUACAAUCAGUUACCGGGACCAUAAUCGUCUCGUUCAGCAUCAUUGAAUGGCUGUGUGGCUCCAGGUCGCUCUUGGGAAUGUUUGGGAACAUGCUUCCAUGUGUCGCGAGUAAGGCAAUUAUAGAGUUUUUCGCAUCCAAAAUGGAGGACAAAUCAUACCGUAUUUCCAACCUGGAAUCGUGUGGAAUACAGAUCGUCGUCGUUCUCCUCAAUUCUGUUGUUUCUCUUGUAGUCUCAUGCGGUGAGGACGAGCCUCACCAACUGGAAAUCUUCUAUGUGGGGUACCUGGCCCGCGUGUUCGUCUGUUCCUCCGUGGGCUACGCUCGGAGCGGCGGUCUUCACAUGCUGCUGUAUGCGCUGUUCUGGGUCGUGGCGAACGUCGGUCUGGGAGUGGGUCUGCGUCGCGCGGUGGGCACCGGCCUGAUCAUUGCCACCGUGUCCGUGCUGGUGCAUCGCAGCGUGGACGCCGCGAACCAGAGGAGCUUUCUGCUGACCCGCGAGCUCGAGCAGGCGCGCGAGAGCCUCGAGCAGGUCCUGUCGGCGCAGCACAGCGUCUUCAGCACCAUCUUCGACGCCACGGGCGCCUGCGAUGCUGCGGGCCACAUCGUGCAGUCGACGCCGCAGAUGCUGGAGCUGCUCGCGAUGGACGACCUGCUCCACUCGAGCUUCGCGAGCCUCGCGGCGUCGCAGGAGGAGCAGAGACGCGUCCAGGAGUUCCUCAGGACCGCCUGGAGCGCCGGCGUGGGGAGGGCCACGAUGAUCCAGGCCCGCCUGCGCCGAGGCGCGGACCGCGGCGCCGACGCGCCGCGCGGCGACGCCUUCGAGGCCAGCAUCGUCUGCGUGCGCCUGCCUGGCGCCAGCGUGGCCAGCCCGCUCUCGAGGCUUUGGGCCCACGACGGCCUCUGCCUCUGCAUUAAGGAGGUCGCGGGCGGGCUCUCCGGGCCCCCGGCCUCGGCCGCCGAGGGCGCCCCGCGCCUCCCCGAGGGGGCGGCGCCGGGCGCCGCCGAGCGGGCCCGGGCCUCCCGGGCGCGCAGCGGCGCGCCCUGCGAGAUCGUGUUCGACGCGGGCACCCCCACGCUGGACGUGGUCGGCUGCUCUGAAGCCUUCGGCUGCGCGGGGCUGCUGGACGCCGGGGAGGGAAAAAAGCGCCCUAGAAACAUAAACUUUUGGCGCUCCGCGCGGGUUCCUUGGAUCCGCGCCUGGGUUUCCCCCCCCCCUAGCGGCGCCUCCGGCGCCGCCCCCGGCGCGCUCCGCGCGCCAGGGGGGGGGGGUCCAGCGCAGGUCCAAGAAGUCCGCGCAGAGCGUCAAAAGUUGAUGUUUAUUUCGUUGGGUCUUCUUUCCGGACAGUUGCGUCGGCAUGCUUGAGCUGGUCCCCGCGAGGUCCGCGGGCCACUUCGACAGCUGGGUCUACGACGAGGUGCAGGCUGCCGCCGUGAGCCGCGCCUCCAGUUCGCGCGUGCGCCUGCGGCGGAUGGCGUUCGACCUUCCCCCGAGCCAGGGGGUGCGCGUGCUUGCCAGGAGGACGUGGCUCGAGUUCGGGGGCCUCGAGAAGUACGCCGCGGACGUGCCCGUGAGGCUGGUGCUCUCCGGCCUAAGGGUCUGCAGAGGGCCCCUGGACUCGGUCCUGGAGCCCAUCCAGGAGAGCGGGGCGUCCCAGGACGAGCCCCCCCCGCCGCACGACGGUGGGGCGCCGCAGGAGGAGGAGGAGGAGGAGGAGGCCAGCGCCUCCGAGGACGGCUGGGCAGAGGACAGCGGGAGCUCGAGCUCGAUCUACACCUCCGCCAGCGGCCAGGCGGCCGCCUGCUACCACCCGUUGUCGUGAUGCGGGCCGCGGGCUGGAAACUAGCCUGCCGCACGCGCCUCGGUGCCGUUCUCCCCGCAGCUCUGCCGUCGGAGCCACAAGAGGUCCAGCCAGCUGCUGCUGGCGCCGCCGGCGUCGUUCGGACGCGCUCCCCGCCGCCGUGCCGCGCCUGGACGCCUCCGUCCUCCUCGCCAUACUCCACCGCUGCUCGAUCUGAAAUUCUCUCGCCUUGACGCCUGCCGCACUCCUGCCCACUCUACCCUCGC